AUGAUUAAAUCAGAGAAAACAAGUAUUAAUAAAAAAGAAUAUAAAUAUCAAAGAAAAAAAGAAUCUACAAAUUUUGGUGAACGAAAUAUUCGACCAAGAAAACGUGUACUAUCUGAUAAUUAUUUAUAUUGUGAUAAUUGUAACAAAUAUAAUGAUGGGUUAUGUCCACGAGGAUGUCAAACUUAUGAAGCUAAUCAUAAAGCUAAUCAUGCAAAAUAUACUGUAUCUAGUGGAUUAAAAAUUAUGAAGUCGACUAUUCCUGGUGCAGGAUUAGGUGUAUUUACUAUGAAAGAAUUUGCUAAAAAUACAUUUUUUGGACCUUAUACUGGUGAACGACAUCGAUCAGCUGAACGAGCUAAUCAAUCUGGUUAUGCAUGGACUAUCGAAGAUGAUGCUGGAAGUGUUUAUAAUUAUAUAGAUGCUAGUGAUCCAGAUCGAAGCAAUUGGCUCAGGUAUGUCAAUUGUCCACUUGGACAAAAUGAUGAAAAUUUAACGGCAAUUCAGUUUAAUGGUGAAGUCUAUUAUCGAACAUUACGUGAUAUUAAAGCAGGCGAAGAAUUAUUUGUUUAUUAUGGUGACGAAUAUGCUAAAGCACUUGGACUUGAUUCUUUUGACCAUUCAAUAGAAAACCAAACAAUCGUCCAGUCAUUCCUAACACCACAUUCUAUUGUUUCAUCAAAAACAGAACAAAAACAACAACAAACCACUUCUGCAAAAAAACAAAAAACUGUUAAGAGAGAUACUAUUGGAUAA